AUGAUCGGAAAAAGUGAGACCACAUCGAAAGAAAUUAGUUUUUCAUCGUCACAAAUUCUCGAUGUGGGAUCCUGUCUUUGUAUUCUAUACCUGGUGGAACACCACUUCAACACUUUCGAGCGGCUACAGACAGAGCUCGAGUCACUGGACGAAUCUCAGCUGGAAGUGGAUCAUCGCACAACAUUUGAAGACACUUUUUGUGAAGUGAAGAGUGCAAUCAUUGAGCGCAUGUCGGAGUUGCGCAGGGUAGACACGCUCAGCAGUACGAGAGUGGUCGCACCAUCCCCGUCGACGCCUCGCCACAGCUUGCCGAAACUGCAGGUAACCAAGUUUAGUGGCAGCUACACAGAAUGGCUGGACUUCUUCAAUAUGUUUACAACCCUUGUACACAAUAACUCGGGACUGGAGGACAUAGAGAAGUUCCAGUACUUGCGCUCGUGCCUCACACACAACGCCUUUCGCUUGGUACAGUCGCUAGAAGUUACCUGCAGUAACUACAAGCGCGCAAUCGAGGUAUUAAUCACCAGAUACGACAACAAGAGGUACAUAUUUCAAUCGCAUUUGCAAGCAAUACUCAACUGCAAGGGCACACGGCCUGCAAACGCUUCAUCAUUGAGAGAAUUUGUCGACAGCAUAAACGCGCAUCUUCGGGCAAUGCAAUCAUUUGCCUCACCAAAUCAAAUUGCGGAUGGUAUACUACUCCAACUUAUAGUUGCAAAAUUGGAUCCAGAUAUGCAAGUGAAGUGGGAGGAAGAAAUUGUAGCAACAUGCGACAAAGCGAGCUCCCCAAGCCUUCAUCUGCCGUCCUGGGAUGAUCUGACGAAAUUCAUCGAACGCCGAUGCCAAACAGUAAGCAUCAUUGAGGCCAACAAAGGUUCACUAGGCAAAGGCACGUCAACAGCAGCAACAAAAUCCUCAGGGCAAAAAUCAACAUUCACAGCAACCGCAAACAACAACAAAUGUACGCUUUGUAAUGAAAGCAACCACCAUACGGCCUUUAAGUGCACUAAAUUCACACUGAUGGAUCCAAUGAAGCGCUACAUCUUGGUUAAGAACAAUCGUCUUUGUUUCAACUGCCUAGGAGCAAAAAGUCAACAACCAUCUGUAGGUGAUCAAGCACUACAUCAAGCAUCUACAUCGGCGCUGCAUGCAGGUAGGCCACAUCAGGACGUUAUCUUGGCAACUGCGCUAGUGCAGUUGCACAAUACACAUGGAACAACGCUAAUGGCUCGUGCUUUGCUGGACUCUGGGUCCCAGCUGAGUUUCAUCUCCGAGCGCAUUGCCCAAUUAUUAAGGGUCAAGAGAAACAAGGUGACCACGGAAAUUAGUGGAAAUGGGUCCAUGUUGACCACGUCACGAUACUCAGCAGUCAUCGAAAUUAAAUCACUCCAUAGUGGAUUUGCAGCACUAACAGAGGUGGUAAUCAUGCCAUCAAUUUCGUCGUCUCAACCACAAAAAUCCAUCGACAUCGUAGCCUGGAGCAUACCAAAAAACAUAGCCCUAGCUGACGACACAUUCAACACAUCCGGUCCGAUUGAUUUGCUAAUUGGAGCAAGUCUCUUCUUUGACAUCCUGUCAGUAGGCCAGAUAAAGAUCGGAGAGGAGCUGCCAAUACUUCAAAAGACUCAAUUGGGAUGGAUAGUGGCUGGUGCAAUCAACUCACGCUCAGCGCUAUCAUCAUCAUCAUUACCAACAGCGGUGUCAUUGUUGGAAUCCGUCAAUCCACCAACACUUACACAAUCACCAUUAGACGAGUCUUUAGAACGCUUCUGGAGACUUGAAGAUACUGCCCGUCAUCAAGCAAAUUCACGAACAUCACCCGAAGAAGAAUGCGAGGCUCACUUUCGUCAAAAUACCACUCGUUGUCCGCUAACGAAUAAAUUCAUCGUUCGACUACCAUUUUCUGAAGAGCCAUCCGUACUUGGACAAUCAAUCGACAUAGCAAAGCGACGUUUUUACGCAAUGGAAAAAAGGGUGCUACGCGAUCCAGUACUCAAGACUGAAUACAGUAAAUUCAUGCAUGUGUACAUAGAGCUUAAGCACAUGACGUUGGUAGAUCCGCAUGAAUUCACCGCUAAGGUGGGCACGUAUAUUCCACACCAUUGCGUCAAAAAAAUGGACAGCUCAACGACCAAGCUACGGGUGGUGUUUGACGCUUCGUGCAGCACCUCCAAUGGAAGGGUCCUCAACAGCAUUCUUCGCGUUGGACCCAAUCUACAAGAUGACAUCGUAACAAUCUUGUUAAGGUUUCGCACUCAUCGAUAUGUUCUAAUGGCCGAUAUAGCCAAAAUGUAUCGGCAAAUCAUUGUAGAUCCAAGGGAUGCUAAGUGGCAGUGCAUUCUGUGGCGCAACACACCCAACGAGCCACUUGCAACAUACCAGCUGCAAACGGUCACCUACGGAACCAGCUGUGCGCCAUUUUUGGCAGUUCGAUGUUUGCAACAAUUAGCACAUGAAAAUAUGUCGGCAUAUCCAAUUGGAGCACCGAUUACUCUUCGUGAUUUCUACGUCGACAACCUGAUGACUGGUGGUGCUACAAUCGAUGAAGUGAACUCCAUAAAAACCGAAUUCGCAUCCAACUCAGAUGACAUCAUAGUCGACGUAGCAGCAGAAGAUCGGGAGCAAAUUGUAAAUGUUGACGACAAAGCUUAUGUCAAGGCUCUAGGUCUCAAAUGGUCUCCAAGGACGGACUGCUUCAUGUUCUCAUACACACCGCCUGGUCAUCAAUCACCAAAGGUUACCAAGAGAACAAUACUAUCACAGGUGGCCAGCUUUUUCGAUCCGCUUGGCUUGCUCAAUCCCGUCAUGGUAAAAUGCAAAAUACUUAUGCAGCAGCAGUGGAAGCUGCGUCUUGAAUGGAAGGGUAUGUGCCAUCAGUUAUCGUUCAUCGAUGGCAUUCAGACGCCAAGGUUUUUCGUCUACGAUGCAGACACUGUCAUUCACGCGUUCGCAGAUGCAAGCAGCAAGGCCUACGAUGCUUGCACAUAUGCCGUGAAUCAAUCAAUCAGUGGCCCAUGCGCAACACUUCUGUGCGCAAAAUCGCGAGUAGCGCCUACAAAAGAAAUCACUUUGCCAAGGUUGGAAUUGUGUGCAGCCACCUUGCUCGCAGAGUUACUACAUUCAGUCAUUUCAAUAUUUGCGUACAAGGUAACCCCAAGUAACGUGCAUUGUUGGUCCGAUUCGACCAUCACCCUAUCAUGGAUACAGCGCGAAGCGUAUCACUGGACCACCUUCGUAUCAAACAGAGUAGCGAAAAUUCAGCAAUUAACUGGUGACUUCAGUUGGCAUCACGUUCCGUCGGUAGAAAAUCCUACUGACUUGGUGUCACGAGGAGUAACUGUAAAGGACAUUGCCGCCAACAGCCUUUGGUUCCACGGUCCUGAAUUCCUAGUCAGAGACAGCAGACAGUGGCCUAACAAUUCAGUGCACAUCCACGAUGUGAUUCCAGAGCAACGAAAGCACGAUAUAUAUCUGACGAUAUCACCUCAACCGGACAUCAUUGCCGAGCACAAAUAUGUAAACAGCUAUAAUAAACUUUUACGUAUUUUUGCGUAUAUCAAUCGUUUUAUUUCGUCAUUGCGUCAUAUACCGUUUGAAGCUGGUCCCAUUACCGCCAGCGAGUUAGAUUCGUUUCUUUUGUUGAUAUGCGAAAAUAUUCAGAGAACAGCCUUUGCAAAGGAAUAUAAGGAAUUGGAAAGCGGUGGUAGUCAUAAGAGUCGGUGGGAGACUUAA